AGCUAAAUCACCAGCCCUGAAGUUUGUGUCUUAAUUUCAGCAACUAAAGAGAAUUUGGGCAUGACCUGAGGAUAGAACUUAGAAGAAGGCCAGAGGAAGAGGCAGAGAACUGGAAACAACAUGAACCUUGAAGACCGGAAUGUGCUGCGUAUGAAAGAAAGGGAAAGGCGGAAUCAGGAAAUUCAGCAGGGUGAAGACGCCUUCCCACCUAGCUCUCCUCUCUUUGCUGAGCCGUACAAAGUUACAAGCAAAGAAGAUAAGUUAUCAAGUCGUAUUCAGAGUAUGCUGGGAAACUACGAAGAAAUGAAAGAUUUCAUAGGAGACAGAGCUAUACCAAAGCUUGUUGCAAUCCCCAAGCCUACACUACCAACAACAGAUGAUGAAAAAUCAAAGCCAAAUUUCUUUGAACAGAGACAUGGAAGUUCUCAUCAGAGUAGCAAAUGGACCCCUGUAGGACCUGCCCCAGGUACUUCUCAGUCUCAGAAGCGGUCCUCAGGCUUACAGAGUGGACAUAGUAGCCAGAGGACAAGCGCAAGUGGUAGCAGUAGCUCUAACAGUAGUGGCCAGAGGCAUGACCGUGACUCGUAUGGCAGCAGCCGGAAGAAAGGCCAGCAUGGAUCAGAACACUCCAAAUCACGAUCUUCUAGCCCUGGAAAACCCCAGGCUGUUUCUUCAUUAAGUUCCAGUCAUUCCAGAUCUCAUGGGAGUGAUCACCAUGGCAAGGAACAUCAACGUUCCAAAUCACCCCGAGACCCUGAUGCCAAUUGGGAUUCUCCUUCCCGCGUACCCUUUUCAAGUGGGCAGCACUCAAAUCAGUCUUUCCCACCUUCGUUGAUAUCAAAAUCCAGUUCAAUGUUACAGAAACCCACUGCCUAUGUGCGGCCAAUGGAUGGGCAGGAGUCCAUGGAACCAAAGCUGUCCUCUGAGCACUACAGCAGCCAGUCCCAUAGCAACAGCAUGACUGAGCUAAAGCCCAGCAGCAAAGCACAUCUCACCAAGUUGAAAAUACCUUCCCAGCCGCUGGAUGCGUCAGCUUCUGGUGAUGUGAGCUGUGUAGAUGAAAUUCUUAAAGAGAUGACGCACUCAUGGCCGCCCCCUCUCACGGCUAUUCACACACCAUGCAAAACAGAACCUUCCAAAUUUCCUUUUCCAACUAAGGAAUCUCAGCAGUCCAGUUUUGGCCCUGGAGAACAAAAAAGAUACAAUCCUGCUAAAUCUUCAAAUGGCCACCAGUCUAAAUCUAUGUUAAAAGAUGACUUAAAACUAAGCAGCAGUGAAGACAGUGAUGGAGAACAGGAUUGUGAUAAAACAAUGCCAAGAAGUACACCAGGAAGCAACUCUGAACCUUCACAUCAUAAUAGCGAAGGAGCAGACAAUUCCAGGGAUGAUUCUAGCAGCCAUAGUGGAUCUGAAAGCAGCUCUGGAUCUGACUCAGAAAGUGAAAGUAGUUCCAGUGACAGCGAGGCCAAUGAGCCGUCUCAGAGUGCCUCUCCUGAGCCUGAACCACCACCCACAAACAAGUGGCAACUCGAUAACUGGUUGAAUAAAGUAAACCCACAUAAAGUUUCACCAGCUUCUUCUGUAGAUAGUAACAUUCCAUCAUCUCAAGGCUACAAAAAGGAAGGCCGAGAGCAGGUUACUGGGAAUAGCUACACUGAGCCAGGUGGGCCUAAAGAAACCAGUUCUACUACUCCUGGACGAGACUCCAAAACCAUCCAAAAGGGAUCAGAAAGUGGGCGUGGGAGGCAGAAAUCUCCUGCACAGAGUGAUAGCACAACACAAAGGAGGACUGUAGGCAAAAAACAACCUAAAAAAGCUGAGAAGGCAGCUGCUGAAGAGCCUCGGGGAGGCCUGAAGAUAGAAAGUGAAACCCCGGUAGACAUGGCUGCCAGCAUGCCCUCCAGCAGACACAAAGCAGCCACCAAAGGCUCAAGAAAACCUAAUAUAAAAAAGGAGUCCAAAUCUUCCCCUCGGCCUACAGCAGAGAAAAAGAAAUACAAGUCAACAAGUAAAUCUUCCCAGAAAUCAAGGGAAAUCAUAGAAACAGAUACCUCGUCCUCAGAUUCGGAUGAAAGUGAAAGCCUUCCUCCUUCCUCACAAACUCCUAAGUACCCCGACAGCAACAGGACUCCUGUGAAACCCUCCUCUGUGGAGGAAGAAGAUAGCUUUUUCCGGCAGCGAAUGUUCUCUCCCAUGGAAGAGAAGGAACUCCUUUCACCCCUCAGUGAGCCUGAUGACAGGUAUCCACUCAUUGUGAAGAUUGACCUGAAUCUCUUGACAAGAAUACCAGGAAAGCCUUACAAAGAAACAGAACCACCCAAGGGAGAAAAGAAAAAUGUGCCAGAAAAGCACACAAGAGAGGCUCAGAAGCAAGCCUCGGAAAAAGUUUCUAACAAAGGAAAGAGGAAACAUAAGAAUGAAGAUGAUAACCGAGCCAGUGAGACCAAAAAACCCAAAACAGAGGACAAGAACUCAUCAGGCCACAAGCCAUCCAGCAACAGAGAGUCAUCUAAACAGAGUGCUGCAAAAGAAAAGGAAUUGUUACCUUCACCUGCUGGCCCUGCACCUUCAAAAGACCACAAAGCAGAGCAUGGCUCCCGGAAGAGGACUAUUAGUCAGUCAUCUUCCUUAAAGUCAAGCAGUAACAGCAGCAAGGAGAAUAGUAGCAGCAGCAAGAACAGUUCCUCCGCAUCAAAGCAGAAAAAGACUGAAGGGAAAACUUCCAGUAGCUCCAAGGAGGCUAAGGAAAAGGCUCCAAAUACCUCUUCUAAUUGUCCAUCUACACCAAUUCCUGAUAAUUCUAAGCCUCGGAGAACGAAGCUUGCCUUUGAUGACAGAAAUUACUCAGCAGACCAUUAUUUACAAGAAGCAAAAAAGCUGAAGCACAAUGCAGACGCUUUGUCUGACAGGUUUGAGAAAGCGGUGUACUACCUUGAUGCUGUGGUGUCCUUUAUUGAGUGUGGGAAUGCACUGGAGAAGAACGCUCAGGAGUCCAAAUCCCCCUUCCCUAUGUAUUCAGACACGGUGGAGCUCAUCAAAUACACUAUGAAGCUAAAAAAUUACUUGGCACCAGAUGCUACAGCCGCAGAUAAAAGACUGACAGUGCUUUGCCUGAGAUGCCAGUCUUUGCUGUACCUGAGGCUAUUCAAACUGAAGAAGGAAAAUGCUCUGAAGUACUCAAAGACAUUGACAGAGCACCUGAAGAAUUCUUACAAUAAUUCUCAAGCACCAUCCCCUGGCUUAGGAAGCAAAGCUGUUGGGAUGCCUUCUCCUGUGUCUCCAAAGCUGUCACCAGGCAAUUCGGGAAAUUACUCUUCUGGGGGCAGUAGUUCGGCGAGUGGUUCUUCAGUGACCAUUCCACAGAAAAUCCACCAGAUGGCAGCCAGCUAUGUUCAGGUUACAUCCAACUUUCUCUAUGCCACUGAAAUUUGGGACCAAGCUGAGCAGCUUUCCAAAGAGCAAAAAGAAUUCUUUGCUGAACUGGAUAAAGUAAUGGGCCCUCUCAUCUUUAAUGCAAGCAUCAUGACAGAUCUAGCUCGUUACACCCGGCAGGGACUACACUGGCUUCGCCAGGAUGCCAAGUUGGUAUCUUGAACUGAACACAUUCUCGUUGCCUCUGAUUUUCUCCACAACACUGUGUCACAUCACAAAGGAAAACUGCCAUAACAGGUCACCUCGUCAACACUAAGAAUGAGGAAUGGUUUUCUCCUCCUUGGUUCAUGUGCUGUUGUUUAUAACCCAAAGCCAUCCUAUCAGUUGACCCCUUCAAUAUUCCCAAUGUGAAAAAUUAUUUAAAUCCUGUUCAGUCUGCAGCACAUUGAUAAGAUGGUUUAGUAUCUGUAAUAUGAUUGAAAUUGUAGUUGCAAUUUACAACUAACCAAGUGAAAUUUUAUUUAUUGUAAUUCUUUUAGGUUCCCAAAUUGGGGCUUGUUUAUAACUUAGUUAUUUCUGCUUAUAAAUUUAUUCUGUUGCACAUUUAGUAUAACUGUAAUGUAAGCAUUUUUAUUUAUAUAUUUUGGGAGCUUCAUUACCUAAAGUCUUUUUGUGAUAGCUCUUCUAUGAGUAAAAUAGGGAAAUGUUCUAUCUGUACUACCUGAUACUAUUUCAAAUCUUAUUGUUGUAAAAUUUAUGCUUAGUACUAAGCAUAUUCUUCUAUACAUGAGAAAUCAUUUAAAUAUGAGGUGACAUUCAAUGUGGAUGUAAAAAAAAGUGAAAUGUGUGAUUUGGUAUGCAUUAUUUCAAAAAGCUGUGAAUGUGUUAAUAACACUAUAGCAAUCACAAGGUGACUGUAACUUGCAUUUAAUGCAUUACAGAAGAGAGCAGGCAGACUUCCUAGGAGAAGCAUAUUUUGAAGGGUUUCAUGAAAGGACAAUCUUACUCUUCGUGGAUUUUGUUAAAACUCUUCUUUCUGUUGCUUAUCAUUUGACACUUAAUUGAAGCAGAAUAAGUUACUCUUGGAAAAGGAUGAUUUAACAACUCCUGAGGAUUGCUGCCUACAUCUCUUUAAUUAAUAACGUCCAAAGGUUUAAACCUCUUUGGAAAAAAAUCUCCCCCUUACUUGCUUGUGAUGCUCUGAUACGAGCACACAGUGACUGAUACUGCUCGUGUGUUUGCUUUUGCUGUACAACUUACAGUGCUAAUGCCUGAUGUAGAGAUGAUGAAUUUCUCCAUUUUAAAGGCCCCCAUUACUGAUGUAUGUUUCUCUAGUAUCAGAAAAUUCACCCAGAAAAGUACCAACGGUUCCGUGUGAGCUCUUGGCAAAGGGGAGGAGCAGUGAUAGAGCUUAAGAAGCCAGUGCCGUAAGAAUUGUAUGUCAAAGUACCCUUCCCUACAAGGUGCAUAUAGGAGUCAAGGGUGAGAAACGUGCCCUCUAUACUUAGUUUUGAGUGCCCCUAUCAUGUCUGGUGUGCCUUAAAUCUUACCUUUAAAUGGAGACUUUGUGGAUUGUUUACAGAUAAAAUUUUACACUAGGACUAGACUAUCCAUACAUGGUUGGUCCUCUCCAUUAGUAAGUUUUUCAUUUUAAAUUUUCCUUUAGGGUCAUGUAAGGAUUAAUCCUUUUUAAAAAGUUAAUGCUUUAGUACAUGACUUAAUCUAACUAACUGGGUAAUGUUGCUUCACAAGAAAUCGUUUGUCUCUUAUUCCAAAACUGAACCUAUCCAGUUGGGGAAGAUGAUGGCCCUACUAUGUGUAGAUAAUUGGUGAAGAAAAGGGAAAGAAGGAAGAGAAGAUCUCCAAGUCCAGUGGUGCAGUGAGUCCUCUGCUGAAGUCUCUGUUACACUUAACUUCUGAAGCUGGUGAACUCUCGUGGUCCUGUGGGUUCAAGUUUGUAGAGCUCUGAUGGUUUUGUUUCUCGAGUUAUUAUUACAUGCCAUUGAAGAAUGAGGUCUUCGAAUUAUGUUGAAGCUAACCUUUUUCUCUUGGAGAAAUUGCCGGUGAUGUCUUUUAAUUUAAUCUGUGUUCUAAGAAUAGUUUUCUUUAAGAGAACAAUUCCUCAGCAGUUAUGGUAGUUCUUUAGUAGAAACAAUAAUCAAGUGUAUGUACAUCCUGUCUCUCUCUGACUUCUGUGACUCUUUCUUAAAUUUGCAGUUCAGCAGCAGCCAGCAGGGUACCUCUGGAGUUUUCUGUGUGUCCCAAAUGAGAGUAGGACCAUUUCUGGGAUCACACUGAUGCUUCCUUACAGCAGAGUUUCCUGGUGUUUUAUGGUGCUGCUUUCAGAUACGUCUUCUUUACAACUGUGUUAUUCUUGUAGAAUGAAUUUUGGAAGCUUUUCAUUGUGGAGAGUUUUUCUACUAUGUGAUGAUAGGCAGUGGAUCAAAAUCCAAUCCUAAAUAAUUGAAUUUUCAAUGUCGUGGUCUGUAGAACUACCACUCCCCUCUCUGUCUUCUCGAAUGCUCUGUGUCAUCUGCUCCAGCACAUAUUUUGAACUCCUGUACAGGUGACCAUUCCUCCCUUCUCAGUUGGUGUCUUCAGUAUUUUAUUUAAAAGUGAAUUUAAAACUGAAUUCGACAAGUGGCUAAAAACUUAGUCCAAGACUUGUACUUAAAACACAGUUAAUUAUGGAAAUAGCAUCUGUUUUUAAAAAUUACUCAACUGACUGCUCUAUAAGACCACACUUGUAUGCCAGGAGGCGCAGCAGCCUUCACCACUGGAGUCUUUUCCGGCAACCAAGAGGCCAGUUGCGGCGGAUGAAGCUGUCAGGGUAGUCUUGCCCAAGCUUGGCUGGGCCACGGGGAGUGCUCCCCACCAAAUGAGUCCAGCUUCCACUGCCCAGCCCAGGCUCCCAUCUGGCUGGAGAGCGUCCAGACCUUUCCUUGCCUCAGUGCCACCUGUUUCUGGGCAAGGAGCCAAGAAGUAAAUUUUAUAAGCAGUGAGUACUUCAGAUAAAUUUACAAGCUAUAGCUGCUGAAGAGUGGAGAAGACUGAGCAGCACUGAUUUUAAAUCUCCAAUGUAAAAGCAAUUUAAAGUAACAUGUGCACGUGCCUACAUAUGCCUGUGUUUCUGGGGAGAUCUUGGACUAGGAAUACAAAGGCAUCUGGGCUGCACUUUGAGUGAUACACUUGUGCUUUAGUAGAUUCACUGUUUUAAAUUGUUCAUUUUUUCAUGAAGGGUUUUAAUCAACUAGAUCAGGCAGCAUCGUUUUGUAUUUAACAGCAGAAACUUUGGAACAUUAACUUUUAAUGAAUGUGCUUGCCUUGUGAAGCAAGAGCCUACAGAGGCACCUAUACAAAUGAAAGUUCUGGCUUUGGAGGCCAGUACUCGGUGGAGUUUCAGAGCAGUCGGUGACCGCUUCAGCCAGUGAUUCUAGCUGUGUAGAGGGAGGGUAUGCUGUGCACUCUUCCAGGUAUGAGGGUGUGCAACUUUGGAUCUUAAAAAAUUCUGUACACAUACACACUUUAUAUAUAUGUAUGUAUGUAUGAAAACAUGAAAUUAGUUUGUCAAAAAUGUGUGUGUUUAGUAUUUUAGCUUAGUGCAACUAUUUCCACAUUAUUUAUUAAAUUGAUCUAAGACACUUUCUUGUUGACACCUUGAAUAAAAAUGUUCAAGGGUGCAAUGUGUAUUCUUUUAGAUUGUUAAAGCUUAAUUACUAUUAUUUGUAGUAAAUUAACUUUUAAAAUAUAUUUGAGCCCUUCUGUAGUGCAAUAGGGCUCUUACAGGGUGGGAAAUAUUUUAAUUUUCUGGUAGCUAAUUGAACAAAAUGGCUUCAUUUUGUGUUUUGGUUUGUAGGAGUUUGCAUCUGGAUCCCAGGAAUAUCUAAAGGGGAUGACUACUGCAGGCAUAUUGUGAUGAUGCUUUAAGAAAGAAAGAACAGCAAACCUGAGUAACUCGGGGGGCCAGAGCGUUUCAAAUCUGUAGACUCCUAUGACUCAUAUUCCCUGAAUAGUAUAGAACACGAAUUUCAUUUUAACUUCAUGUAUCAAUGUGUUGGAGAGGCAGACUUUUUCCAGUAACAAUAUUGCACACCAAAAGUUGCUAUUCAGUAAAAUCAGGAGAUACAAUCACUGAGUGGCUUGGAAUAUGCAGUAAUAAGAGGCCAAAUUAGUCAUGUUUGUGAAUAUACUUUUCGCCCACUCACUGGUAGAGAAAUUUGGUUUAGAUUUCUGGACUCCAAAACCAAGCUAGCAAAUGACAAGAAGAAAGUUGUAAAACUUGGUAAAGGUUUGCUGGAGCUGUGGUUAAUUAAAAAGAACUAUCUUCAGAAAAGGGAAUAGAAAGGCUGUCUGAAUCCGUCUUAAAUGGAAUUUGGUCACAGAAUAAGGUGUUCAGGUUAAGUCUUGACCAAGCUGUAAUAUUUAAAGUGUCCUAAAAUAGCAGCCUAAGAAGUCAUCACAUCCAGAAGUUGAUUUUCUGGAAACGUGAGUGUGGACCUGUCCUUGCCACCAUUGUUCAACUGAGCAUAAAUCACCAUUAUUAUUUUUUUAAAGCUGUCUAAAUGAGUGUGGAAAAGCUCCCACCCAGAAAUUCUAAUACUUGGUUCUGGCCUCUUGCAACUUCACGUGGGGUUCCUUUGCAGCUUUUAACCAUUGGGAUUUUCUGCCUGUUACAUUCCUCUCUCCAAAAUGCCUAUUUGGAAGCGCUGCCUUUCAAAUUGAUGCCAUGAUUAUCCACUUUGUUGAGUUCGUUGUUGCUGUUCAAGAAUUGUCCCCAUUUACACAUGCCCCUGGCAUAUCAUUGACACGAGUGAACUUUCGACAGUACUC